GAGGCUGAUAAGGUGGAGCAGUUCAAACAGGACCCCAACCCCUCCAAGUGCCUGCACUCUGUGUUCAAUGUAGACACCGGGGACGAGGUGCACUCCUACAGCGACUACCACCACCUGCAGAUCGAUGCCGUCUCUCUGUUCCUGCUGUACCUGGUGGAGAUGAUCUGCUCGGGUCUGCAGAUCAUUUACAACACCGAUGAGGUUUCUUUCAUCCAGAACUUGGUGUUCUGUGUGGAGAGAGCCUACAGGGUGCCUGACUACGGCAUGUGGGAGCGAGGCAGCAAAUAUAACAACGGAAGCACUGAGCUGCAUUCCAGCUCUGUGGGCCUGGCUAAAGCUGCUCUGGAGGCCAUCAAUGGGUUCAACCUGUUCGGAAACCAGGGCUGUUCGUGGUCGGUGAUAUUUGUGGAUCUGGACGCCCACAACAGGAACAGGCAGACACUGUGUUCCCUCCUGCCCCGAGAGUCCCGCUCGCAUAACACAGACGCAGCCUUGCUUCCAACCAUCAGCUAUCCUGCCUUUGCAGUAGAUGAUGACGCCCUCUACAGCCAGACACUGGACAAGAUCGUCCGAAAGCUGCGCGGCAAGUACGGCUUCAAACGUUUCCUCCGGGAUGGCUACCGCACCGCUAACGAAGACAAGGAACGCCGUUUCUACAAACCUGCUGAAAUGAAGCUCUUUGAUGGGAUCGAGUGCGAGUUUCCCAUAUUUUUCAUCCACAUGAUGAUUGACGGGGUGUUCCGAGGAAAUCAAGCUCAAGUCAAAGAGUACCAGGAGCUCCUUGCACCCAUCAUCUUCCAGUCUUUUGAAGGCUCGGGAGUAGCAGAUACCAUAUAA